AUGAGUGAAAAUAUACCCAAGGCCAAGGCAAAGAAGGUGACACCUCAAAGAAGAAAAUCAAAUGAUGAGAAAGAGAUAUAUAAAAGCGAUGAGGAAGUAGUCAAAGUUAAAAAGCUGCAAGGAGAAGCAAAGCCAACCAUUCAUGUUCCUUAUCCAUUCCCUCAACUGUUGCAUAAAGAUAAAGAGAGUAAUAAAUUGGGAAAAAUUAUGACAAAACAUAGCAAACUCUUAAUAAAUAUCCCAUUACUCGAGGAAAUACAAGAGAUUCCAGGAUAUGCUAAGUUAAUGAAGAAGUUAAUGUCCAAGAAGAAGCUCAUUGAGGGUGAUACCAUUGAAGUUACUCAUAGGAGUAGUGCUAUCAUAGAUAGCAAAGUUAUGAAAAAGAAAAAUGACCUCGGAGCAUUCACUAUCCCUUGGACUAUUAGGACUCAUGAGUUUGCAAAGGCUCUUUAUGACCUUGGUGCAAACAUCAACCUAAUGCCAUAUGUCAUCUAUAAAAAACAUGGAUUAGACACUCCUACACCUACUUUGAUGUGA